AUGCCGAUGUUAUUUGCUGAUCGUUUCCUUCUGCUCCGUCCACUUAGUGACGCGCUAUAUGGACCCGUGGGACUCUACGAAGACGCACAAUGCAGUAAUGAACCAGUGGCCAUUAAACAAGUGUCGCUCGCACGAGCCGUAGCAGCACUUCGUCUUAAUCCCAAUAUGGACAAUCCCUGGAGUGAACACCGUGUGGUCUCGCGUCUGAUGGCGCUACCGUCGCACGCCAACAUUGUACGCUUUCGUGACGAGUUCUUGCACGCACAGGAUACGUGGUGUGUUGUGAUGGAGUUUUGUCCCGGUGGUGAUCUAUGGAACCUGCUGGAACACGCUCCAAGGAAUCGUCUGCCCGAGGUUAUGGCACAGCAGCUCUUCCUCCAAUGCGUACGCGGUGUGCAGUUCCUGCACGCACACGGUAUCGCGCACCGUGAUUUGUCAUUGGAGAACGUUUUCUAUUGCCGUGGUGUGUGCAAGAUUGGUGACUUUGGACUGAGCACGGAUGCACCGCUUCGAGGCAAGGGUGAGGUGGUGGGCAAGGCUUACUAUAUGGCACCAGAGGUGGUGAAUCAGGAAAAGUACGAUGCUUUUGCAGCCGACAUGUGGUCGCUCGGUAUCAUGUUGUUCAUUAUGCUCACGGGCUCGCCGCUCGCGUCGAACGCGUCGCGUGAUAAUAAGGCGUUUUUGGCGUUUUGCGAGCUGGGCGUGGCCAAGGUCAUUGACUCAUGGGGGCUAUCAGACCGGAUAUCACCGACCACGGUUGGGUUGCUGGGCAAGUUAUUGAGACUCAACCCAGUCGAGAGACCGACGGCUGAAGAGUUGCUGGAGCUGACUGAGUUUAUGACGAUUAAGUAG